AUGGCCGCAUCGAUCAUUUCCAGAUCAUGUGAUGGACCUGCCCACUCUCCGUUAAACCAUCUUCUUAUUUCGCUGCCCCCACCCACCCCCCACAAGCUCGGAGGCUCGCCCGCUCGUUCGUCAGCUGUUGGCCGUCUCCACGAGGGACUCCAUCCGCACCCGCGGACGGCGAGGUUCUCCGCCAUGGCGACGGCGUUCAAGGCGUUCUUGAACAGCCCCGUCGGCCCCAAGACCACGCACUUCUGGGGACCCGUCAGCAACUGGGGCUUCAUCCUCGCGGGUAUGGCUGACAUGAACAAGCCACCUGAAUUGAUAUCCGGCCAUAUGACUGCAGUCAUGUGUGUGUAUUCUGGCCUAUUUAUGAGGUUCGCAUGGGUGGUACGGCCCCGAAACUAUUUUCUUAUGGCAACUCAUGCCUCCAACGAAAGCGUUCAGCUCUACCAGUUAUCUCGCUAUGCUAGGGCUCAAGGUUACCUAGAGAAGAAAGAGCCUGAAGCCCAACAAUAA